UGGUGUCACGUGCCGGGCGCCCUGCCUUUUCGGCCGAUCAAGCGGGGCCCACUCGGGCUGUCCGCAUCAGCCUCAGCCCGGCCACCCAGAGACCGGUCAAGUUCAGACGAUUCAAUCCACUCGCGCUGCAGGCAGGUGCAGGUUCUUCCAGCGGCGGAGGAGGCUAUAAAACCCCCCGCGCAUGCGCCUUGCCGGCCGGCGUUGCACUCCUCCGACUCCGAUAGUCCAAUCCCCAUUCCCAUCGGCCGAUCGAUCAUUAGGCAGAAAUUAAACAGCAACACAAAUCCAGCAAAAUGGAGCAGUACGCCUCCUACAUGUACAGCAGCAGCUAUCCCGAUCACGCAUCCAGCUGCGGCGGCGGCGGUGGCGUCACCGGCGCGGCGCUGGACGCCGGAGGGGACGACAUGCAGCGCCUGCUCAACGCGCUGAUGCUCGACAUGGCGGCCGAGUCUGAGUCCUUCUCCGACGACAUGGAGGCGGCCUCGUCGGACUCCUCGUCCUCCGCCUGCUCGUCGGCCGCCAAUGACAGCCAGCAGCAGCAGCGGCCGCAGCCGGAUGGCCACAGAACCUGCGGCGAGAAGAAGAGCUCCGCGCUCGAGCGGCCGGCCACCUUCAUCGGCGUGCGGAAGCGGCCGUGGGGCAAGUUCGCGGCGGAGAUCCGGGACUCGACGCGCAAGGGCGCCCGCGUGUGGCUGGGCACCUUCGACAGCCCCGAGGCGGCGGCGCUCGCCUACGACCAGGCCGCCUUCUCUGUGCGCGGCGCCGCGGCCGUGCUCAACUUCCCCGUGGAGCGCGUGCAGGACUCGCUCCGCGCGCUCGCGCUCUCAUCCUCCUCCGCGUCCUCCGCCGCCGCCGCGGCGGCGGGAUCCCCUGUCCUCGCGCUCAAGAGCCGCCACUCCAUCCGCAAGCGCUCCCCGAACAAGAACAAGAACCUGCCUCAUCAGCAACAGCGGCCGCAGCAGCAGGCGUCCGCCGCCGCGGCGCCGCCGCAGCCGGCGGCCUUCCCCGGCAGCGUGGUGGAGCUGGAGGACCUGGGCGCCGACUACCUGGACGAGCUCCUCCGGGUGUCCUCCGAGCUGGACCAUUGGUAGUAGCUCCUCCCAGUCAGCUGCGGAUGGGACCUGAUCGAUCGAUGGAUGCGGGCGAAGCGCGAAAGCGAGGUUCAUCGCGAUCGAGUUGAGUUACUAGCAGAGAAGCAUGCGGAGGGCUCAAAGCCCCUGCUCUGUCCCUGCUCGCCAAAUUGCGAGAUCGACGACGACAUGGCGCGCACCACUGUACACUUGUGCGUGCCGAUCUUUAUCCCAUCAGAGAUACUGUUCGCGUUCGGCUUGUAUUUAAAUUCUGCACUGUACCAGCCCCACCACACUUGUUGGUCUCUGUUGCUUCAGGCUUCCUCCAUCAACUUGUUCAAUUUCUUGCUGGA